UGCCACGUGUGCCAAUGUCUGCCGAACCUGACCGUCCAGUGCUCCCAAUUCUGCCAGUUCAUCAAUGUGGGGUGCCCCGAGGGCCAGUUCCUGGUGGAGAGCUCAGGGGACACCUGCUGCCAUUGUACGGGGACAGCUCCAAACAAGACAGAAGGUUCCAGAAUGCUACCUACAGGCCUUCCAGUCACCAUUCCCAUCCCCGGGCUGACUACCUACCCGCUGCCCACUGCUGGAGACGAAUGUUAUAAACCUCUCCGGAUCUCCCUGCUCCCACCGCACAGCUUUACAGCCUCCUCAGAACUGGCUGAUCAUCCGGCGUACACAGCCCAGCUCAACCGAGUCUCUCCGGUGGCGGAACGUCAUGGCUGGAGCCCACAAAGCAACGAUUACUCAGAUCACCCGCCCAAGGCUCCCUACCUACAGAUUGACCUGCAGGAGCUGAAGAACCUCACAGGAAUUGCAGUGCAGGGUGGCGGCUCCUCCGAUAUCUACGUCAGCAGCUUCUCGGUC